UCUUGAAAGUUAACCAGUUCAAUUUCAAAUUUGGAUCUUUUUCGAAGUCAAGUUUUGAAAUGAAAUCAAUCAUUUAUUUGUGGGUUUUUGUUUUCGUAUUUUACGCAGCAAAGGCUGAGAAAGAAUCGAAAAAUGCGAUUGAUCCACUAACGUAUAAAUGGAAAUCCCCGUUACUUGAAUUCACAACCAAAUUCGAUGAAUUCAUUGGCGAACAAAUUCGACCCCGCUUCAACAAAGCAAUUAGUAUGGCCGGUGAAGUCGAGCAAUUUGUGAAUGGUUUGAUAAAUAAAAAGCCCGAAUUAAAGAAGGAAGAUGAAGAACAAAUCACUAAGUUGCUACAGCUUGCUAACGAAGCAAAGAAUUUUGAGGAAAUUGCCCGAAAUAUAUUGGUGAAAUUCUGGACGAGUGAAAAUGAACAUGCGUUGACCACGAUUUUGAAAAUAGAACAAGGCCAAAAAAACUACGAAAUGACACAAGAUUUAACCGAUAAAAUCGAGAAUUUUGUAUUCGACGUGGUUGCAUUUAAUAUGACAACAUAUGAUGAACUUGAAGAAAAUUUGUCGAGCAUGGAUUCGAGUGUGACUAUUUUAAGUAAUUUGCAGAAAAAUCUUCCAAAAACCACAGACCCAUUUUUACCAGCAUUUUAUGAUACACUAAAAGCCAUAGAUAACAGCGGCUAUCAUAGACUAGACGUUAUUGAUAUGCUUUCAAUUGGCAAUAUUUUGGAAAACCUGAAGUUGGGCGAACUCUUUUCUGAAUUUUUUACCAAAUAAACUGCGUUCAACGUUCCUAAACAAAAUUAAGCUACGUGGUAAUGAAUGAUAUUUCAAUUGCAAUAACAACAUAUGGUUGAUAUCUGUUUCAAUAAUUUUUGUCGUAAUAUCAAAUUGCGUUGUGCAAAUUCUUGUAACAAUAAAGUAUUUUCAUUGAUCUAAA